CAAGCCAAUCUGGGAACCAACUACGGAGUAUCUGAUUUCUGAUCUCUAACGCAGUCCGCCGUGAUUCCGCCUACUUCGUGUAUUCGAGCAGUGUACUGCUCGGCCAGUCCGUUCGCGGUUGGCGUCCAGUCCAGCAGCUGUUUAUCUCAAACUCGAACUCCCGAUUUUCAGGGUGAAGUUGCAGCAUUUCGAGUACUUUAGCAAUGGCAGAUAAGAAAGCACUCUUCCGGGCCAAACUAGCACAGCGGAACCAAAAGCGUAUUGAGAAUCCUCUUGUAAGGUACAAUGACCAUGAUCAACCUGUCUGUAGAGUUUGUGAUGUUGUUCUAAAAUCUGAGACAGACUGGACUGUUCACCAAACUUCUCGCAAACAUAAAAUGGCAAUCGAUAAUCUUAAAGCAAAUUCUGCCACACUAAAGCAAACUAUCAAUGCGAAUUUUGAGCCUCCUAAAGAUUCACAUAGGGCUAAGCUUGAGAAUCUUGAAGGUUUACAUAGUAAAGGAACCGAACCUUCUAUGGGGCUGUCUAAAGCUCGACAAACAUCUUCCCUUCCUCCUAACUUUUUUGAUAUUAAGGAAAAAAAGAAACAAAAAAGUGCUCCUACCACUGAAUCAAGAGAUUUUGACAAACUCAAAUAUACUGAGGCCAAUGUUCAAUCUAAAGAAUUGCAGCCAUCUAUACCAAGGAGCAAAAUGGACAUCAGAAAUGAAAAUACUGACUCAAAGAGUUCAGAAUCUGGGCCAUCCAAGGAACAAAUAUCAAUGCUGACUCCUGGUACAGAAAGUAGGAAGGCCAAAGGACUUAUUCCUGAAGGAUUUUAUGAUAACAAAGAUGCUGAUUUGUGUGCACGUGGUAUAACACCUGUCAAGCUUGAUGUCAAAGACGAGUACAAGGAAUUUGAGAAGUUGAUCCAAGAGGACUUACAGCAGGUUGACAAACGCUUAGAGGAAGAGGAGUAUGAUGCAGCAGACAUGAUAGAAGAGGCAGAGACUGUGGAACAAAGGGCUUAUAAGGAGAGAGUGGAAAUGCUGAAGAAGAGAAAGAUGGAACUCAAGGCUGGCAAGUCUACCCUUCGUAGCAAAGCUACUCUUCCUGUAACCACUAAGGAGUCCACUGUCGAAGAAGAGUCGUCAAGUGGCACCGACAGUGAUGACGAAAUUUUAACAGUCGAUUGGAGAGCUAAACAUCUGUGAAAUUAAUGUGCAUUUUUUUGUUUUCUUGAUUUUGGAGUUGGCUGAACCAUGGACAAGGCAAAGUUCAACCUGUGACAUCUGUUUUGGCAGAGAAAUGUGAAUACGUAUAAAAACUGAUCUACCAAACAUGAUUAUUGUUUUAGAAUUUGAAGACAGCACAAAAAAAUGGAAGUACAAAACAAGAAACUUUACUUUACGGG